GCAAAACCUGGAAUGGAUCAAACUGCUAUGCAUUGGGAGUUAUUUCCACCCCUGCUUUUUACACGAAAAUACAGGACUUGCACAAUUUACUGUCAGUAACAACAUUAUUAGCCAAAUGAGUGAGUUGUGGAAUGGUAUAAUAUGCAGGGGGCUCUGUACUAUCCGGCUGUGUGCCUUGCUUGUGUUUGUGUUCCCAGCAGCACUGGUAAUGUGGAGGAGUGUGGAAGGACAGGACUUUGAGAACCGCCGGCCUGGGACCGUGCUGUCCUCCAGCGAGUACAGCACCUUCUUCUCAGCCCUACGCCCCUCCUGGAAAGCCAGUGUGACCUGCCAGAUCAGGAGGUCCCACGGCUGCAAUGACCCCCAGCUUCUGCGGCUGGACCAGUUUGAGAACCACGGCGUCCUGCCCAAAGGGCCGAUCUGCACUGACCUUCCAGGGUCUCCCAGAUUCAGCAGCUUCUGCCAGUUUGCCCAGUUCCGCUGCUCGAACCACCUCUACUACGCCAUGAGAGUGGACUGCUACAGUGAUACCCAGCCACCCUACUAUCCCGCGGAGUCUGUCAUGCAGGACACAGUGAAGCAGGUGGAGAGCAACAUGAACCCCAGAGUACAAGACAGGCCCAUCUAUCCAGAGUCUGGACCUGUCUAUCCUGAACCCCCUCAGAACAUCCGCUCACUGGAACCCCAAUACUCUGGACCUCCCCAAACCCCCCUUUUAGCAGAACCUCAGAACCCCCGUUCAUGGGAGCCCCAGUACCCAAAUCUUGCCCCUCCCCCGAACCCCCCUUCAGGAGUCUCUCAGAAACGGCUGGAGCCCCAGAUGACGAGGCCUCCCGAAGGAAAGGAGCAUCAUGCGCAACACCCUUCAGAGGACCUCAAAGAUCAAGAUCCUGGACCCACAGAAAUCACCCCUUUACCAGCAUCGCCCCACUACCCCCCACCGCCUCCUCGAUACUUUCUUCAGGAGGGUUCAAUGCUUCCGGACGGAAAAGAAGACACUCUAAAGGGCAGGCUGUGGGGGAUGAGCGCUGCCGAGAUGCUGCACAUCCUGUGUGCAGAGCUGCUGUUCGGGAGCUGCCUGCAGUCCACCAUGGCACGGGUGUGGAUGGAGCACGAGGACCACAAGCAGAGCUUCGGAGAGCUGGUAUGUGAUAGUCUGGGCCGGCAGCACCAGGACUCUUGCCAGCUAUGUGCUUUCUGCUCUCUGAAGAUGGAGCAGUGCCGUGCUAGCGGGAAUGUGAAUCGAGUGAAGUGCGCGGACGGGCUGAACUACACCAGCUACCUGAACCCCAAGAUACAGGCAGAGCACGAGAACAUAGGCAACCAGGUAGGCACUCCCACAGGCAAUGAGUUCCUGGGCAUGGAGCUGUAUGGGGGGAUGCGGUUCGAGUACUGGUGCGGGCGGCUGGCCAGCUAUGGCUGCGAUGACCAGAGAGUGGCCAGCUGGCUACUGGCAGAGUACAUGCUGUUCCAGGCAGGGGAAUACCCAAACAAGAUCUGUGACUCGGAUGACUUUAUACACCCUCACUACUGCAGCUUCAAGAGCUAUCAGUGUCGACGCUACAGUGCAGAAAACAUCCUGGUGGCUCGGAUGACUUGUGAGAACGAUAAGAGCUACAGAGUUUUAAACAUGGAGCGUGGGGAAGAGGAGGUGCUUCUCUGGAGCCAGAAGUUCUUGAGCUACACUCAGGGAUAG